AGGUAGUGAGUGGUAUUAAGAGGGAGAGUGAGAGAGGUGAUCGAGGCUGCUGCAGUGCUCAGUCAGUCAGAUGUAAAUAAACAGUGAACAUGGCUGAGGGACUCGCACUCGAGUUUCAGAGGUUCAAUAGGAAUUCCAGACACUUGAAAAGAUUGCAGAGGGAGACAUUGCAGUCGGUGGAAGAUGUUGGAUUGUCUGGGAACUUGUCAGAAGAACAAAUUUCUGAGAUACGGUUAAGCGAGGUUGAAUUGAGUGAACUGCGUCAGGUGCUGGACGUGCCUGUGAGCGUGGUGGUAGGUGGGCAGGACGCUUACAGCAAGGUGGUGGUGGUGACCCGCCUGCUAGCUGAGCAGGUGCUACCCAUCGUUCCUCCUACACACCAACACCACCAUCACCAACACCACCAACCCUGGAGACCCAUCACACUCAAGUACUCGCAAACCCGCACCGUCUCCCUCGCCCUGCCCGACCACAAGUCCUCUGUGGCCGGUGGGUACGAGUUGGUUCACUCCCUCCAUGCCCACUCACGUCCUUGGGGCACCGUGCCCAGGGCAGACGUGGAACUGGACCAGCGAGCCUUACAGGACCCCGUGAUGGGUAGCAGUAUGUUGGAGGUGGGGCUGAACCACCCUCUGCUGAAGGAAGGGGUGCAGGUGGUGAUUACACCGACGGGCACUCAGGUCUCCACCAUAGACUUUCUCAAGACCCUCCUGCCGGAGGUGCUGCCCAUCCUGGUGUAUGCCAUCUCCAGAGACGAGCUCUCCGAUCAAGAAGUCGUGGAAUUACGUGAGCUUCGAAGACUAAGUCCUGAUAAAGGCACAUCCAUUCUAUUCAUUCGUGUGCCCCACCUUCCCGAGACCUUCAGUGAUGACCUUCCUGAAUCAGAGCAGCACGACAUUCUCUGUAAAUUACGAGUAUUGCCAUCUCCAGUUCGACCAGAUGAGGUGCAAGCCCCACUACCAGUCAUUCCCACAACAGUAUCACGGUCACAUCCACAAGUUCCUGUGCAACUCUUUCGAACAUUGUGUGAUGAUCUUGGCUACCUGACCAUGGCACCAGAGCCUAAAAAAUUCUGUUGGCGUCUAGUAGAGCAUAGCUACCAUGUUGACAGUGAGCUGGUGGACGGUUUUGAUUCCUUUAGUAAUGUUGUGCAUUAUAUUAGGAUGAUCCUACAGUCCCACCUCAUCCAUGCAUCUACACUUCUCAAUCAGGGUCAUAACCGAUGCAUGAGAAAGUUUAUUUUGUUUGCAUUUGACAUGGCCCGAGAAAUUCAAAUCACGCCUAGAAGAAUUAGUUAUGCACGAGAAAAAGAGGCUGAACUCUAUGAAAGUCUCAUGGCCAUUGCAUCAAGUAAACAAGAUGAAAUUCGUGUUGUAAUAAGUGACACCGUUGAUAAAAUGAAAGUCGACCUCUUGGAUAAAGCUGCAGCAUAUGAAUUUAAAGAUGGUGAAAGUUUAUCAACUAGCGAGGCGAUUUGUGGGAGACAGGUUCGACAGUGCACUGGAGAAAUACAGGAACUUGUUAUUGGCUCUCUCAAUGGUGAAGUUGGCCGUCAGCUUGUUGAUCGUGUGGAUGUUAUGAGAGAUUCGUACUUAGGAACAUUGCAGCGCUGUCUGGAAAGCUUGGAGAAGGACUGCCGAGCUUGUGGUGAAAAUCCCCACAUUGGAGAUGCACUCAAACAAAUGGUAAAUGCUGCGUAUCAAGUUCAGUUGACAGUGACCACCUCGUCAUCAGUUCUUCGCUCUCUCUGGGAGAAAAUGAAGCAACUCGUAGCAGCUAUGCCUGGGAGAACACCACCAGUUAUUGAUGCCGAAUGGAAAAGAAAAGUUGCCUCAGAGAUGAUUUCAAGUCUAUCAGAAGCUAAACUCACAAAGAGUAUAUGUGCUCAGUUCCGUGAGAGAUUGAAAAACAGUCAUGAUUCUUUCCUUGGGAGCCUUAAGCAGCUGGAAGCACAAUUAACAUCUCGACUGGAAAAGACAGAAGGCCAGCAGACUCGAAUUAAAAAAGUGGAUGCCCCAAAACUUGCUCGACUCUCUUUAGAAUCUACCUCACUCAGGGAUAUGAUCCUUUUUGGAAUGCCAAGACUUGACAGAGAGCUUGGCAGGGGCCAGUAUGGAGUGGUGUAUGGGUGUGAGUCAUGGGGUGGUUUUCGUCCAUGUGCAGUCAAAUCUCUAGUGCCACUUGAUGAGAAGCACUGGAAUGAUUUGGCAAUGGAAUUCCAUUAUACCAGAAGUGUUCCGGAACAUGAGAGGAUUGUUGCCUUGCGUGGGAGUGUGAUUGACCACUCCUACGGUCAGGGUGAGACUCCAGCAGUCUUGCUCAUAAUGGAUAGGCUCAAUCGGGACCUCUACUCUGCUAUCAAAAAUGGGCUCGAUUGGUUAAUCAGACUGCAGAUUUCUCUCGAUGUGGCACAAGGAAUACGCUUUCUACACUCUCAGGGUCUCGUGCACAGAGAUAUAAAGCUUAAGAACGUUUUGUUGGACAAAAAUAACCGAGCAAAGCUGACAGAUUUAGGCUUCUGUAAGCCUGAAGCAAUGAUGUCUGGGAGCAUUGUGGGCACUCCAAUACAUAUGGCUCCAGAACUCUUCACAGGGCAUUAUGACAACAGUGUUGAUGUAUAUGCAUUUGGUAUUCUCUUUUGGUAUAUCUGUGCUGGCCAUGUCAGACUACCACUCAUCUUUGAACAAUGCCAAUCCAAGGACCAACUGUGGAAUUGUGUUAAAAAGGGUGCACGACCAGAACGACUCCCUGUGUUUGAAGACAAGUGUUGGUGCCUCAUGCAAGAGUGCUGGGCUGGAGAUCCUUCCAAACGACCAUUACUAGGGGAUGUUGAGCCCAGACUUAUGGAAAUAAUGGAAAUGGGGGUCAUAAAGCUGCAAGAGUGCAGAGAACAGAUCGACGAAAAUGAGGAGGAUAGUAAAGUUGAUUCUGCUGUAGAUGCUACAGAGCAGUUUGGUUUCAUAGCACGAGAGGAUGUAGUUCAACUGGGGAACAGUCUUCACUACAGUAUUAAUGGCUUGCUGUGAUGAGUAGCAGCAUCGGUAUUAGUGCCGUGAUGAUUAGCAGUAGGAGUAUUAAUGGUGAGUAGCAUCAGUAUUAGUGCUACAAUGAUGAGUAGCAGUAGCACUAAUGCAGAGCUAGUGAUAGUCUGUGAUAAUGUAUAGUUGCUGCUUGUUAGGUACCACUCUUGCUUAUCAUUGGUUACAGCUGGCAGCUUGCAUUAUUUUAAAUUCAUAAAAUAUGUAAGCAUUGAUUAGAAGAGCAAUAAAAAAUAUUUAUGUAUACCACUGAUCAAGUAUUCUAGACUUUCAGCCAAAUGCUAGAUAAUAUUUUCUUUAAAGUCUGGAAUGAUAUUACUCGAGAUGAAUUUUAUCUUGUUAUAUAUACAACAGUCAUACUAAAUCACAAGUUUUUGGGCAUGCUUUUUUGCAUUCAUUGUGUGGCCUGAUAAAAAUUUUUAAUGCCAGUUUUAUAAUCUUGUAAGCAUACGCUAUACAGUACCUUCAAUAUUUAUGACUUUUUUUAAAUUAAUGUUUCAGUCCUCCCUUGUUCUUCUUGACAGUGGAUUUAAAGUAUAUAAUCCUCUAAAAAUAUUAUAAUGUAAAUGUUAGUUUUUUUUUUUCUCAAAAGUGCCAUCACUUCAUGUAAUGCUUUUUUCAUACUGGAUUUGUAGCAUUUCUUAUUUCUAAUAUUGUAUAUUUUUCUAUAGCAUUCCCAUAUUUUAAAUAGGAAUAAUACUAUUUUUGCUAUCUGUAUAUUGGUACUAGCUUUUAUAAAUGACUAGUUUUGUUUUGCUAGAUAUGUGUAUAAAUAAAUAUACAUGCAUACUGUAUAUGUAAGGACAUAAAGAUUGCACAUACUUGUUGGAAAGAAUGUACUUUUUUGAUGCAAAUUGGUAGGUUUGUAUAGCUGCCAUGACUGGAUGAAUGAGAGGGUUUUAUUAGUGUAAUGCAUUUAUAUAAACAUGUUUCUCAAGCAUUUAUGCAAAUUUUUAAGCCAAUUAAAAUUACAGCAAAUAUAAUUUUUAGUGUUAAGAAUUCCAUGAAGUAAUAUUUUAAUCAGAAUUGUGUUAUUCAUAUAGCAGAGGAAAAUUAAACAAAUUUGCAGUUGUACAUCUAACUUUAAAAUUACACAUUAAUUGCAAAAAUAUUUCUUAGGACAGUGUAAUACAAGUGCCAGUAUUUGCUGCUGUGAUAGGUUUCAGUUCUAUUGGGCAUUUUCACUGCUUAUGUGUAUGGCAUUUUUUAUGACAAUACAGUAAUUUGUGAUAGUCUUAAUUUUGUAUUAUAUGCUGUCCUUGUGGAGAACUGCAUUAAAAAAUUUAUUUGGCGAGUUUGUAUAGACACUGCUUUGUAAAGGUAUCAGUUACUGUGGAGCUGGAAUUACUUAUUUUAGGAAUUCACAUGAUCCCUGCAUUCUUUUAUUGUAAUAUUUUUUUGUUUGAUAUGCAAUCUCAUAUUUAUGCAAGUAUGGAUCUUUCUUAUUAAAUUCCAUUGUAGAAAAUAUUAACUUUUAGAUAUCCCAUAUUUCUCUUGAAAUAUUUUGUAACAAUGAUCUUGUAUGCUCAGGUAAGUCUUUUAUCACUGGUGAAGCUUCCAGUGUCUUCCAUCAUGUGGCUAGACAUCAUAACAGUAUCCAGGAGCAUUACUUAUAAACAUGUAAUUAUUACCAAAGAUUUCAAAAAGUUUUAUGCUGUAAUGCAAAAACUUGAAGAAAAAAAAAAAGAAUUUUAAUGUUCUUGUAGUGUUACAGUAAUUUAAGCAUUUUUGUGACUUCAGUGUUCCAGUAAAAAGCCUAAUUAUUUUUUUGAAGUUAAGAAUGCCUGUGAGUGACUUAAUGGGAUGAGUAUACCUGGAAGGUUUUCUGAGGGGUCAACACCCCUGUUGACCAUUCCAUAAUCAGGCCUUAGUUAAGAUUCAGUUAAGAAGAGAAUUAUUCAUUAGUCUAUAAGAAAGGUAAGUUUUUGUCACCUAAACUAAUAUAGGAUCUCAAAUUGUUUAGUACAAAUUAUAAAGGCAGUGAUAGCUGGACAGUUAACAUGCCAGCCGUCUCUUGUCGAAGAUAAUUCAACCAAUAACUAGUUCAAGCUAUCAAAUCUGAUAGGUAAUGGUUAGAUGUAAGUCACCCUUAAUAGUACUACUGCUAGAAAGCAGGCAGGAAACUGCUUCAUCACUCAGUUAUUUCUUUUAUUUAAAUUGUAUGGUGGUUUGCUAUUCAUUUUUAUAAUAUACUUCUCGAGUGACAUUUUUGUUUUUAGGGAAUGUACAUUUUCUUACUUCCACUUAGUCUUUCUAUACAUUUGCUUAAGCAAGCCUCAUUCUUUGUAAAUCCCUAAGCAACAACAUAUGAAAGUGGCAUUUAUUUUAUUUGUGUAGUAUCCUCAUCUUUAGAUUUCUUCAGCAAAUGUUUUAACAUUAAACUUAAAAUUUUCUUUGUAGGAAAUAGCAAAUGAAAUGUUUACCGUAAAUGUCUGCCAUCCUUAGAUAGGUGAAAAGGCACAUUUUAUGCAACUGACAUAUAAGUAAAUACAUUUUUUUUUUUUUUUUUUAGAGGAUAAGUUUCAAGGCUAGUGAAUAUUUUCAUAUCACAUAUACCAAUAGUACCUCGUUUUGAGUGGUGGUGUAUUAUAUAAUAUGGGAAGUGCUAAACUCUUAACAGAUUGAACAGCACCUAGGGAAAAAUGGGAGACAGGUUUGAUUCAAGGAAGGGAAGAAAAGGUCUAGUUGCUUCAAUCAAGAGCCCUUUACUGCCAUUAACGAACCACCCUUAAGGGAAGCAGUGGUAUAUUAAAAUUGUCAAACGUAGAUAAGUUAUCUUUUCAUAAUUAGGUGUCUAAUUCUCAGUAUAUAGGUACAUAUUUAAAAUUAAGAUUCUUUCAAGCAAGUUAAUAAAUGUCAGGAAUAUGCUUAAUUGUAAACACAAAAGACAAGAGGAGAGGUACAGUGGUACCCCGAGUUUCGAACUUUAUUUAUUGCAGAAGGCUAUUUGAGUGCCAUUACCGAAUGAAUUUGUUCCCAUAAGGAAUAAUAUAAAUUAGAUUAGUCUGUUUCAGACCCCCAAAAAUGCACUUAAAAAAGCACUUACAUAAUUAGUCGAGUUGGGAGCAGUUCGAAACUCAGGGUACCAUUGUAUAUAUUUUAAGAUAAAGCAGUCUAUGAAAGGUAUUUAAGCUUGAAAAUCUGUUACAUAUAAAUAUAAAAAAGGAGCAAAAAAUUAUUUUCCUAUGGAUUUGCUUCACUGGGUGGCUUUGUAGAUGUAUGAAUCACUGGUCAGGUUAUGCACAAAUUCAUGUAGCCAGUAAAUGGAUGAGUUAUCACAUGGAUAGCCUUGGCCUUGACUAGGUGACCUUAUCAGGAUAUACUCAAAUUCUAUAGGCAUGCAGUGUGUGCAGUACUAAUGAUGUAUAUGUAUGUAUUGCAUGCACACACACAACUAAAGAAAAAAAGGGAUUAAGUUUUUUUAAAUCUUUUUCUCGGGAAAAUGUCAUGAUUUGAGGAGUUUAAAUCAGGCAAGUGCCUUAUCAAAACCAGCAAAAUAUCUAUAUUAAGAGGUCUUUAUGCUAUUAAUGAUAAAUGUCAUAGUACGAGUCUUUUGCUUGGAGAUCAAGCUUUUCUAAAUCCAUAGUGUACAUGGGAAGCAUAGGUACAGUAUAUAUAUUGCUGGAGAGCAAGUGACGGAGCUGUGAGGUGGAAAUCUGACUGUUCAGCGGGUAGUAUAGACUAAGGAACACUAGAGAGGUCCCAUGAACUGAAAACUUUGUUGGUGGGACCUUUGGCUUGCAUGCUCUGAAUUCAGCAUACAUGACCCUCCUAACCAGAAUCAGGUUUACACUUGAUGACACUUCUGCUUCCUCAGCUAUGUAUAGCUAUGCUGACCAUGUACUUUCUAGAUCCUCUAUGCUAGAUUUUCAGCCAAGGAAUUGAGCUUGUCCUCCCAGUCAUUGGAUCAAACUUAAAUGCUUUCCAUUUCCCAAGGGACUGUAAAACUAUGGGUUUAGUGCUUCCAAAUGAUUGCAAUAAUGUAUAUCACUUAUGAGUUUAGCACCAGCACCACCCUCCUGAAUAUAUAAUGUGUAAAUAGCUUUUAACAGUGAGUGCCUCUGUACAGGUUUAGCACUUAUUUGUUAAUAAUUCACUGAUGGAUAUAUCCCAUGUGGGUUUAGUGCUUCUGUGAAUGAGAUAUUGAUGGUUAUUAAUUCUGCAGGUUCCUACAGGUUUAUUUAUAUUUCACCCAUACAAUACAGGAACUUGCCAAUACAGUGGACCCCCGCUUAACGAUCACCUCCAAAUGCGACCAAUUAUGUAAGUGUAUUUAUGUAAGUGUGUUUGUACGUGCAUGUUUGGGGGUCUGAAAUGGACUAAUCUACUUCACAAUAUUCCUUAUGGGAAAAAAUUCGGUCAGUACUGGCACCUGAACAUACUACUGGAAUGAAAAAAGUUCGUUAACCGGGGGUCCACUGUAUAGCCACAGUUUUACAAGCUUAUGAGUAAUGGAGAAGAAAAACUUUUUGCAAUAAACCUCCAGAUUAUUCACAUUUUAAAAUUCUUUGAACAAAGAUAUUUAAUAUACAUUCUAAAGCACCCAACAGCUUUUGGCUUAAUUUAGUAACUAAUUUGCAUUUUAUAUUAGACCCCUUAAUUACCUCCCAUUUCCCAGGCACUAUAAUCCUUACAAGGUUAGUACUUGCUCAUUGUAAUAACAUUUACAUUCUCUACCAUAAUCACCUGUUACCAAGUUCAUUUGAAAGUAUGUAUAAGUGUUUAAUGGUAACACAAUUUGACUGAUAAUGUGUCAGGACUAAUUAUUGUAUUCAUGGUAGUGGCUACAUCAAAAGUUGGUGUUUUAUAAUGCCCAUACAAAACACUGCAAAAGUGAUUUUAAAAUAUUAAUCUCAAUAUAUAGUACUGUAUUUUAAGUAAACCUUGUAAUGUUUAAAUCAAUUUUAGUAUUUUUUUUCUGGUUUACCUACUCUUAUUGCAAUUUUUAAAAAUUGGAGUGUACUAUUUUAUAAAUAAAAACCAUAAAUGUAGUAUUUCUUUUUUUAAUCCCUUUCGAUGUGUAACUAGAAAGACAUUUGUGUGCACUUGAAAAAAAAAAGUUAAAACUGCUGAAUUUGACUUAUUGAUCCAUAAAAUAAU